AGGAAGGGAGGGAAGGAGGGAAGGAGGCAGCGGCGGGAAAGGAAAGGGAAAGGCAAGGCAGUCAGGCAAGCAAGCAAGCAGGCAGGAGAGAGCUGCGCCUGACGCAGGAGAGGCUUUGGCGGCGUCGAGAGGGAUUGAGAGAGAGAGACAGACAGGAGGAGAGAGGAUUCCCGGCGGUGGCAGCAGCAGCGGGGUUGGCGCAAAGGCCUUUGGUGGAGCUUCUGUUUCUGCUGCUGCUGCUGCUGCCGCCUUUGGCCAGGAUCAGCAGGGAAAGCAGCAGCAGCAGCAGUCUCUAGGAAGCCGCCGCCUCCCCAGCAUCAUGUUCGCCCAGCAACAGCAGCGGGAGCCGCCCGGCAGGCGCUAGGUCGCUCCCUUGCGCUCCCUCCUCUCGCCUCUAUCUUUCUUCUUUCCUUCCUGCUUUCCUGCCUUCCCUUCUUCCCUGCCGGGACUGCGGUGCAUGUUCUCCCCUUGCGAGUGCGUGAGGCGAGGGGGCAGGAGGGGCAUGAAGAUGAUCCGGUUCCGGAGCUCCAGCAUCAGGUCCUUGAGCCAAGAGAUGAAAUGCACCAUCCGCCUCCUGGACGACUCCGAGAUCUCCUGCCACAUCCAGAAAGAGACCAAAGGUCAGUUUCUCAUAGAUCAUGUUUGCAAUCACUACAGUUUGUUGGAAAAAGACUACUUUGGUAUUCGUUAUGUGGAUCCUGAAAAGCAGCGGCAUUGGCUUGAGCCCAACAAGGCUAUCUGCAAGCAAAUGAAAUCUCAUCCACCAUAUACCAUGUGCUUUAGAGUGAAAUUCUACCCACACGAACCAAUGAAGAUUAAAGAAGAGCUCACCAGGUACCUUUUAUAUCUACAAAUCAAAAGAGAUAUUUUCCAUGGCCGUUUGCUGUGCGCGUUUUCAGAUGCAGCCUACCUGGGUGCAUGCAUUGUCCAAGCUGAGCUUGGUGACUAUGAUCCUGAUGACCACAUGGACAAUUAUGUCAGUGAUUUUAGGAUUUUCCCCAAGCAAUCUCCCAAACUGGAAAGAAAAAUAGCAGAAAUACACAGAAAUGAAUUCAGGGGUCUGAGUCCAGCUGUUGCUGAGUUUAAUUUAUUAUUGAAAGCACAUACUUUAGAAACCUAUGGUGUUGAUCCACAUCCUUGCAAGGAUUCAACAGGGACCACAACAUUUUUAGGAUUCACAGCCACAGGUUUUGUAGUAUUCCAGGGAAAUAAAAGAAUACAUUUGCUAAAAUGGUCUGAUGUCUGUAAAUUAAAGUUUGAAGGGAAGACAUUCUACGUGAUUGCAAUUCAGAAAGAGAAAAAGGCUAUGUUGUCAUUCCAUACUUCUACACCAGCAGCCUGCAAGCAUCUUUGGAAGUGCGGAGUGGAGAAUCAGGCAUUUUACAAGUAUGCAAAAUCAAGCCAAAUCAAGACUGUGUCCAGCAGCAAAAUAUUUUUUAAAGGUAGCAGGUUUCGAUACAGUGGAAAAGUUGCCAAAGAGGUUGUUGAAGCAAGUUCUAAAAUCCAGAGGGAGCCCCCUGAAGUGCACAGAACCAACAUUACUCAGAGUCGCAGCUCUCACUCCUUGAACAAGCAGCUCAUAAUUAAUAUGGAGCCUCUGCAGCCACUCCAUCCAUCAUCAGACGACCAGGAAGAUGUUGUCUCUGAUGAAGGGGAAGAUCCUGCCCUCAGUCCCCACCUGGUCCAGCAUGACCCCGUCCCUGUGUUCCUUCCUGGAAGCCUGGCAGCCUGGGAAUCUGGCUCCUUCUCUCCACCACGUGACUCUCCCUCCCGUCUCCGUGCCCCCAGGUCUCUUGGUAUCCAGCUGCCGAAAGAAGAUGAUGUUUCAAUACCGGUGAUCUCCAAUUCUCCUGCUAAGGAAGGAGAUGACAGUUCCGAUUUGUCGGUUGAGGAGGAAGAGAAAAUCAAGGAAGAGCCUUUAACAAUCUCAGAAUUGGUAUAUAACCCCAGCAGCAGCUUGCUCCCCACUCCGGUUAAUGAUGAGGAGAUUGACCUGCUCUUUCAGUCCUCUCCAAGGGCAGAGAAUGAGAAAGACGACACGGAUUCCUUUGAAGAACUGGAGGCUGAUGAAAAUGCAUUUUUGGUUGCCGAGGAAGAAGAGUUGAAAGAAGCUCGGAAAGCACUGAGAUGGAGCUAUGACUUUUUGAUGGGCAACAUGAAGAUAAAUGCGGCCGUGAAGAGCUUUUCGAGACUUCUCUUUGUCGGGCUUGGAAUACUGCUGAUUUUUUUCCCUCUUCUCCUUGUGCUGCUGGAAUCAGACCUUGAUAUCUCCUUCCUCCACGAAAUCCGCCAGACGCCUGAAUUCCAGCAAUUUCACAUCGAAUACUACUGCCCUUUUAGACAGUGGGUGGCCUGCAAAAUAGACUUUGUCAGCCACUUGCUUGGCAGCUCUUAAAACAGUACAAAUAUGCGAUGCAACUAAGGGCUAUAUUCAAAACUAGUGAAUUUUAGUUAGUAUUAGGUGCUCAUAAACAUUUUGAAGGCCAUCAGCAAAUAGUUCCUCAUUUUGGAUCCAUAGUCGAUUUCCAAAUUCUUAAGUUUCCUUUCUAUGUUUGAACAAUUGGUUUAGCUACAUGAUGGUCUUACAAUAACCAAAAAGCAAUUUGUUUUUUAUUUCCCUUCCUUGUCCGUGUUUAUUAAUCACUGAGUAGAGCUGAAGUUUAUCAUCAAUAUCAUUACAAGCCAUGAUAUACUAAAUGUAAGCAUUAGCAACAAAGGAAAGGUGACGCUUUUGAAUAUACUCCUUAGUGAAACAAUCUCUACUAACCAAUGCCUAUACAAGCAACACUGAUUGCUGGGAUUUUCUUUCUCGGUUUGAUUUUUCAUUUUUAAAAAUAUUUUUAUGUGUUUACAAGAUUUUGGUAAAUUUGUAGCGACAAUAACUUCUGAAGAUAUUUAAGUGUACAGAUUAGUAAAAUAAAUGCACAAGGGCAUGACAUAAAUUUUUAAAAUGUUUUAGCAUUUUUUUAAAAAAUUGAAGAAUGAAAUUCUUAAAGAUCUGCACAAGACGGUGAAUAGAUAAGAUGGAACAAUCAGCAGAAUCUGCUAGAUGGAGUUGAAAUCAUGGGUUUCUUGAGGAUUGGAUAACAUAUUACAAAGCAGCAGUUAUGGAUUCUUUUGUAAUGGUAAUGUAAUGGUCAAUGUAUUGUCGAAGGCUUUCAUGGCCGGAAUCACUGGGUUGUUGUAGGUAUUUCCGGGCUAUAUGGCCAUGUUCUAGAGGCAUUCGAGAAUACCUCUAGAACAUGUCCAUAUAGCCCGAAAAAACCUACAAUAACCCAAUGUAAUGAUCGAUUGUAGAUGAACUUUGGGUGCCUUUGCACUGUGGGAUUAAUGCAGUUUGACUGCCUUGGCUCAAUGCUAUGGAAUCAUGGGAGUUGUAGUUUUUUUACAGGGUCUUUAGUCUUCUCUGCCAAAGAGUACUGGUGCCUCACCAAAUUAUGAAUCCCAGAGUUCCAUAGCAUUGACCCACGGCAGUUAAAGUAGUAUCAAAUUGCAUUAAUUCGGUAGUGUAAAUGCACCCAGUGUCUGGCAGGAGGAAAUGCUUAAACCCUCUUCUGUCCACCACUUCUCUCUUGAAGCCUACUUUUCCUACUUCCCCCAAUUAACACUAGUCAUAUGGGGAAACAGCUUGAACGGGCAUUUGCAAGAGAGAAUCAGGGUUUGUGAGAGAAUAUGUAAGCACUCUCUCCUAUCUGUUGAUCCUGCCUUGCAAAUUUCCCUUGCUCCUGCAUUUGUGUCAGUUGACAGAUGGUCAAACUAAUGUAUAGUUCUGCCUUUGCAGUUCUACAAGGUGAAGAGAGGUGAGUAUUUUCAGAUGGAGGCAAUAUUGCUUUCCUUGCAGUUUGCCACUUCUGUUGGUGAUAGAAAGGUAAGGCAGUGCAAGUAUGGUUUUGUAAGAGGUUUGAUGAAUUUUGGAUUAACUGUAGAUUAUUGUAUAUAACAUAGAAAUGUGGAUAUAUGAAAAAGUUUAGAUAGACCUACUUACUUAAGUACAUUAGAAGCUUAAAAUAUACUGGUCUCUAAAAAUAGAGAAAGACUCCAUGAAAAGCAUCCUGUCCCUCAAAUUCUAAGCAUUCAAAGAUAAAUUCCAUAGUCCCUGAUUCUAUUCAUUACCAUUUUGUCAUGAUAAAUCCCAGAGUCGCCAUUUCAUGUGUUAUUAUUUCUUGUGCAUGAUAUCUCUUUGACCUAAUAUAAGUGACAAUGGAUGCACAAUCUUUCCCCCCUUAAAUGUGUCCCUAUGACAGUGGUGUGUGGUUAUCUUUGUUGUCUAGAUGUGCUGGGGAUUUUGUGCCCGUGUAGCUCAAGUCUGUCAAAGAGGCUAUAAGUGCAUAAAAACGUAUAUGUAUAGAGACGAUCAGUAGGUCCCAAUUUUGAAACGGAAAAAAAGCACCAAUUGCAUUUUGUAUUUUGUAGCAUGGAUUGCAUGAUCUAAGUUUUCCUCCCGUACUUAAAUGUUUCAGUCACGGGACUCUUACAAUGCAACCCUAUACUUACCUACUGAGAAGUAAGCCCCAUUAAAACCAGUUGAGUUUACUCCAUAUAAGCGAGUAUAGGGAUACUGCUUAAGUUGGGAUUAGGGUGAACCUCAAUUUUUUGCUUGAGUGGAAAAAAAUCACUCCAUUAUUUUAUUAGACUUGCUAUAAUUCAUUUUCCUUUCUUUUUUCUUUCUUUUGUUUUCUUGGAUGGGAUUAGGUAUCCCACGCAAGAAAGAAAAAAAAAAGUAAGGAUGUGGUAUAUCAGAUACAUUUUUGUUUCCUUGUUUUUAUGGGUAGUUAUAGGAAGCUUUGAUGAUCUGCCCUUGUUUGUCCCCCAUCUCUUAGAAGUACAGUGUUUGUAUACCUGUUCAGAACCAUUUUAUCCAACAGAAACUCUAUUCUUUUUGUGAUCCAGAGGUUGAAAUCACAUAUGACUUUUACUUUCAAGGUUUUAUUUCCAGUCUUUGCCUUAGAGCAGUGGUUCUCAACCUGUGGGUCCCCAGGUGUUUUGGCCCACAACUCCCAGAAAUCCCAGCCAGUUUACCAGCUUUUAGGAUUUCUGGAAGUUGAAGGCCAAAACAUCUGGGGACCCACAGGUUGAGAACCACUGCCUUAGAGUAUCUUUUACAUUACAGUUUUAGCACUUCGAUGCCACUUUAGCUGCCAUGGCUACAUUCUAGGGUUUGUAGUGUGCUGAAGCACUAGAGCUCUCUGACACAGCAUUUUGAACAGAACUGCAAAUCCCAGGAUUGCAUAUGAAGAAGCCAAUGCGGCUGAAUUGGUGGUAUCAAAAUGUUAUGACUGUACAGUGUGGAAGAGAUCCUAUUCUUCACUCGUUGGAAGACUUUUACGUCACACAUAUGGUACAUAUUUAAUCGUGUUGCAGCUUCCAGUUGAAUCCUUUCUAUUGACAUGACAAUCUAACCAAGAGACGUGUUUCUCUAGUUUCUAAAAUAGUCAAAUCACCUGCAUUGUGGGAGCUACAGCUAUGGGAACAUGCAAUAUAGACUUUGCAGACAGUAAACUAAAAAUAAAUCCAAACUACUCUGCGUCCUAUACCCCUUAAUUAUAAAACAGUUAGGUCCUGAGUUCUAACAUGUAGGUUUUUGUCCAUAUUUGUGCUCCCGAAUUAUAGGAAGCAUUUGUUGAGAAUUCUUUAAUUUGAUUCAGAAGAGACUCCGGCCCCAUCUACACUGCCAUAUAAUGCCGUUUCAGGAUGCAGAUUAACUGCAUUGAACUGGGUUAUAUGGCAGUGUAGACUCACAUAAUCUAGUUCAAUGCAGUUCAAUCUGCAUUAUAUGAGUCUAUGCUGACAAUUAUAAUGUACGUCAAACGGCAUUAUAUGCCAAUGUAGAUGGGGCCUCAGUUGUGUGAGGGACACAAUAUUUCAAAGAAUGGUCUGUAAAAUAAGGAUGCAUGUAGUGUUAAAUGCAACUUCAUGUAGAUGAACGUUUGGAUGUACAGUAUGACCCCCUUAUUCACAGAUUCGAUAUUCAUGGUUUCACUUACCCAUACGCCAAAAAGAAAAUCCUCCUCAGAAAGGUUUGUGAACUUCUGAGGUCCUCCAGUAUGAUUUCAUGGUAUGCUUCCAACUCAUGUCUAUAUUAUCCAUGGUUUCAAGUAUUCACAGGGGUGGGGUGAGGGUGGGAUGUACUCUCUGUGUAUAUGGGGUUCAUACUGUAUCUAUGCAUCUUUGAACCUUGACAAAACUUGAAAGCAGGGAUCGGGCAUGUGUGGCCCUCCAGAUACUGUUGGACUGCAACUUUCAUCACUUGCAGCCAACAUAGCAGUGGCUGAUGGGACUUGUAUUCUAACAAUAUUUGAAGGGCUGUUUUCUGCCCCCAGCACUUGUAUCCUGUUGCAUGGACUUGAACGGGCCCCUCUUUAGAAUAAAAAAAAAAAUCAAAAGAGGGUGGGGAAAAGAUGCAUAUAUAAUUUACAGCAUGUUCUGUAUAGAUUGAAACAAGGUCUUGUCUCCAGUACUGGCAAUAUGAGAGCUGGCGUAUGAAGAGUCCAUAGAUAGUAUAGUGUAUUUCUGUCUGUGCUUGGAAUAUAGUGUAAGAUGUUAUGUACUUGAAAUCUAUUUUGUGAUUUGUCAAAUAUUUAUAAACACAACUCUGGGAAUAAUUAAAUGGGGUUUAUUUCAUUGAAAUGCAAACACACACACACACCAAAAUUUGGGGGAAAAUGUACCUGUAAACUUGAGCCUUAUCUUUGUAAAGUGAAUUUCACAUUUCUAUGUCAACAUCAUGGUUGUUUUAUAUGUUAAUAAAAUGACAGGACUCCCUAAUAAAAUAUAUUGAAAAAAGCCA